AUGAUUUUGCAACAACAAACCAUGAAACAUUUAUACAGCUUAUUAACGUUCUUUUUGUUAACAUUCGCCAUUGCAGCACCAACACCAUUGAGUGUUGGUGAAAGAGACAUUCAAGGUAUUGAUAAAGAUGUAGAAGCUUUCCUCAAUAUGCUUGCUGACAAUAUGGAUAUGUCUCUUCUUAGCAAAAGAGACAAUUUGCUUCUUACGACAACGUUUACCCAGUUAAAUAAAAGUGGGGUCGGUGUUAAGCUAGCCCAUGGGUUUGCUACGAAUCCUUUGACUCAACCACAACUUAUUAAUCUCAUUGAGAAUUAUAUUACAGCUACCGGAUUGACCAAGAUAUUAACAGCUGUAGACCAAUCAGACUUGGCAGUAGAUAUAGUUAUGUCCUUCUUCGAGAAUGACAAUAUGGUUCCAGGGUUAAUCACAAUUAUCAAGACUUUGAUCAAUCAGAAAGUUAUUUCAAUUCCAUUUAUAUCUAAAAGAGACUUAACCAAAAGAGGCGUUUUUGAUUUUAUUGAUGGUAUUGCAAAUGAUAUUGGACAAAAACUUGGCUUUGGACAGACUUCAUCCAGCCAAGCCACAGGACAAACCACAAGCCAGACCCAGCCGGUUACGUCCAGUACCACCGGACAAACCCUGUCGUCAACAACUGCAAUAGCUGCUUCAAGUACCCCAGAGGAGGAAAUCCAACUUCCAACGAUUAGCAUAUUACAACCCCAAGUUACUUCAAGUACAAAGGUUAUCUCUAGAACCACAGGACAAACACAGUCUACAUCUAUUGCAGAAGAUUCAUUAAGCUCUGAUGCCUUGAGUGCUUCCAAAAGUGCACAAAAUGAUGCCCAAACUUCUUCAUCUUCGACAACAAGUACUUCUUCGGGACCUGUCCUUGGAUUCUUUGAACUGGUUCAAAAUUCAAUUGAAGGGAUCAACAACCAGAUACUUCAGACUGUUAUUACGUUGGUUAAUGAUGUUUCCAACUUGGAACAAAUUUGCGAGUCACUUCAAAAAUCCGGUUUGGCCGUUUCUAUACUCGAGGAUUUUAUUACAACCACAGAUGGACAACAAUUCUUAAUUAAGUUAGUGACUGCCAUUGUCAAUGAUAAGGUUAUUACCUUAGACGACUUGAUAUCUGCUGUCAAUGAUUCUGACAUAGUUACCAAUACAGUGACUAAAAUUAUGGCAAAUUCUAGUUUGAGAUCGAUUGCCAUUAACUAUAUCUUGAACAACUUUAAGACUAUUAUUGGUUUACUCUUUUAA